GUAUCCCAAAGGUUUCACUUCGAAAUUGUUUUCCAUUGGAGUAAGCCACAAGUAGCACACAGAAAAUAUAAAAAAACGUACUUGUGAAAAUAGAAAUACAUAAGUGGCAUUUUUGUAAAGGAAUGGCUAGUAUUACGUUCAAGAAUCGACCCACCCAGGUGCUGCACACCUACCAGGUCUGGCGCAUUGGUAGCAACGUGAACGACAAGAGCUUGGAUUACUGUCAUCCCGAUAAGUCGGUGGACAAGUUCCAUGCCAGUUUGACCCGCGGCGAGAAGGGUUUGUUCCUGGUCAACGAGAGUCGCCAUGGAAGUGUCUCCGUGAACGGAGAACGAGUUGGAGGUCCAGUACUGAUCACCUAUCGGGAUGCCAUCAACGGCAUCGUCAAGCUGCGCUUUGGCCGUGUCGAGGGAUAUCUCCGCGUAUCGGGCAGCAUUACUGGCUAGUCUCUUUGGAUAGAUCAGUUUUUUAAAUCGUUUGUUCUUCUUUGUACCGAAAUGUGCAUUGCGAUUAUAAAAGCCAAUAUUACAAUGCAA